GAAUACUUUUUCCGAGUUACGAGGACGACGCAGCAUUUUGUACGCCACGUCGUACUCUCGUACAUUCUGUUGUUGUGCCGACUCGAGCGGCACCUGGUUUUCCUGACUUGCGAUUGCAAUUCCGUGGGUUCGUUGGACAAUUUCUGCGACCAGAGGACAGGGGAGUGCAAGUGUAGGGAUCACAAGUAUGGUCGACAGUGUGACCUUUGCCAGCCGGGUCAUUGGAACUUCCCCAUCUGCGAACCCUGCGAUUGCAACGGACACGCGGACACUUGCGAUUCCAUCACGGGUCAUUGCCAAAAUUGUGCGGAUUUCACGGCGGGCAGUCAUUGCGAAACGUGUUUGGACGGUUACUACGGGGACCCGGUCAUGCUCGGGAGGAACAUCCCGUGUCGCCCGUGUCCGUGUCCUGAAAUCAAGGCAUCGGGUCAUUCCUUCGCAGACCGCUGUUAUUUGUCACCCACCACCAACGACGUCAUUUGUGACUGUCGAAUCGGGUAUACCGGGGCGAGAUGCGACAAGUGCGCGGAUAAUUAUUUCGGAACCCCGUCGACCCGAGGGAUGGAAUGCCGGUCGUGUAAUUGUUCGGGGAAUGUGGAUCUGACCCAACCGGGUAACUGCGACACAACUUCCGGGGAAUGCCUGAGAUGCCUGUUCAACACGGAGGGCUUUCAUUGUCACGAAUGUCGUCCUGGAACCUUUGGAGAUGCCCUUCGCCAGGAGUGCAUUUGCGACACCUGUCUGACAGCCUGCAACUGCUUUUUCCUGGGCACGGAAGGUCAAACGAGUGUCUGCGACCGGGUGUCGGGUCAGUGCCCGUGUUUGCCCAACGUCGUCGGCCUGGAUUGCGGACGUUGCAAGGAGAAUCAUUGGAAAAUCGCGUCCGGGGUCGGAUGCGAACCCUGCGACUGCGACCCCGCGGGCUCGUACACUCAGCAAUGCAACGAAUUCGACGGCACUUGCGACUGCAAACCGGGCUUCGGGGGUCGGCAGUGUGACGAAUGUCUGCCCGACCAUUGGGGCGACCCCGCCAAGGAGUGCUUUCCUUGCGAAUGCAACCCGAUCGGAAUGAACUCGACCCAGUGUGCCCGUGAUGACGGGAAAUGUUUUUGCAAAGCCGGGAUCGGUGGGGACAAGUGCGAUCGUUGUGCCCGCGGGUUCGUCGGCAACUUCCCCAACUGCGAACCCUGCAUUGAGUGUUUCAAGAACUGGGAUGACAUCAUCACGGAUUUGCGAGAGCAAACGGAAGAUAUUGUACAAGCAGCAGCGGACAUAAAGGAGUCAGGAGCAACAGGAGCGUAUCCCCAGCAGUUUGAGGAGAUGGAGGCCAAGUUAAAUCGCGUUGCGGCCAUGUUGGAAAACGCUACUUUGUCAAACAAAGAGCUAGAAAGUCUCAAGACUCGCGUGGAGAUUCUUAGGUACGCCGGGAUCGGUGGGGACAAGUGCGAUCGUUGUGCCCGCGGGUUCGUCGGCAACUUCCCCAACUGCGAACCCUGCAUUGAGUGUUUCAAGAACUGGGAUGACAUCAUCACGGAUUUGCGAGAGCAAACGGAAGAUAUUGUACAAGCAGCAGCGGACAUAAAGGAGUCAGGAGCAACAGGAGCGUAUCCCCAGCAGUUUGAGGAGAUGGAGGCUAAGUUGAAUCGCGUUGCGGCCAUGUUGGAAAACGCUACUUUGUCAAACAAAGAGCUAGAAAGUCUCAAGACUCGCGUGGAGAUUCUUAGAACAAACUUGACAGAAAUCGGGAGAGAACGGGACAAAGUGGACGCGGACCUUUUCAACACGACGCAGCGCAUUUUCGAGGCCGGCGUGGAACUCACGCGACUCAAGGACGGCGCCAAGAGACUCGAGGACAAAGCCAAUGCUCUCAAAACGGACGCCACUCAGUUGCAAGAGGCCAACGUGGAAGGCGCCCUGGAGAAAACGGCGCCGCACGCUGCAGCGAUUGGAAGCACCAUGACUGGGAACCAAGGAGACAAUGAACAGACUAUUGAACGGAUCGAUCGGAAGUUGGGUGAAAUUGAGAAGGAAAUCCCCGACAUCAACGAUCAGGUUUGCGAUCGUCGUGGAGAACCUUGCGAUGGCCUGUGUGGCGGCGGCGGAUGCGGACGAUGCGGCGGACUGUCGUGUAAAGAAGGAUCCGUUGAGCUGGCCAAGUCGGCGCUCAACUUGGCCGAGGAGGCCAAGAAGUUGUUGACUGAUCGCAGGGCUGCCAACGAGGACCAGCUUCGGAAGGUCACUCAGUCGAAAGUGGAAGCAGACAAGGCCUUGAACCUGACAGAACACGCCCUGGAAGCAGCCACGGUGGCGAGGAAUCGUUCGUCAAAGGCCAACGAAGACAUGAAGGCGCUGACGGAUCGGAUCAACGAGUUCCUCAAUGCGAAAGGAGCGACACCUGCGGAGAUCCGAACCCUGGCGGAGGAAGUGCGCAGCAAGUCCAUCAGUCUCCAGCCGCAGCAGAUCCAGAAGCUGGCGGCGGAAAUCAACGCGACCAUUCAGGCCCUCACCAACAUUGAUGACAUCAUCAAUGCCACUGCUGAUGACUUGAACACUGCCAACAUGCUCAAGAAACGGGCUGACACUGCCAAAGAACAAGCUGGAAAAGUCUGGGACUCGGUUCAAGCUGUUUUGGAGGCCCUGAAAGAAGCUGAAGGUGCUCAAAAACGGGCCAAGGCUGCCCGCGAAAAUGCUGACCAGAAAGUCGACCAAGCCAAUGGUUUCUUAUCUCAGACGAAGACGGAGAUGAGUAGAACCCAAGAUGACACUGCAGCGCAGAUGAAGAAAGUCAAAGAGCUCAAGGACCGGUUGAAGUACGUCACCAGGGACAUUGUGGACAUUGAGACAGACAUGGAUUCUGCUGCUCGGGAAGCUGAUGAAGCUAAAAACACUGCGAGUGAAGCAGCGGGGGAAGCGGAAAUUCUGGAGCGGAAGUACGACGAGGUGAAGCGAGAGUUUGACGAAACGGACAAGGACAGUCAGCAAGUGCGGGAUCGGGCCAGGAGCCUGCAAGAAAGCGUCCUCCGACUCGAGAAGAACGUGACUGAAAAGGCGGAAGAAGUCACGAGACUGCAAACAGAGUAUGUCAAGUAUGAAGAGCAACUCGGAGACAUGGGGGCCAGACUCAGCCGCCUGGAACAAGAAAUGGACGGAUAUUUGAAGAACAUUGAAGAGCGAAAUCAGCAUUAUCGCAAUUGCUGAGAGAGGGGGACUCUUUUUUUUGUUAUUAUUAUUUUUUUUUACGAUCCUAUUUUAAUUUUCAGUAUUUUUGGUUUUCUGUGCUAGUGGUGUAAGUCAGUUGUUUUUCUUGUUUCUGAGAAAAUAUGGAAUCUAUGCAUGGUACUGUGCUUCUGUCAAAAAUGAAACCUAGUCAUAUCCAGAAAAAAAGAACUAUUGCAAUAUUCAAAGCUAAAAUUUUACGCAGUCUUCUGGAAGGCACCUUCAGAUUCAAAAAUGGGUAUAGGCAAAUAUUAGUUAAUUUUCCAUUUGGUAAAUGUAACCUGUUAGUAGAAUUUUCAGGCCUCUCCAGUAAAUUGAAAGUAUUUUUCUGUGCUUGUUAGG